AUAUUAUUUUUGCCGUAGCGGCGUUACAACAUUUUUUCUGGACUAGCUUCAUUCCAACUCUGUCCGUGAAGUUGAGCACAUCGUUUUCCCCGAAGUAUCGUGAGUCGGUAGUAUCGGUCCUUUGUCGAUUCUUUGUUGAGAAGUACUUAGUGAAGUUGUAAUUGUCGUGUGAAGUAUCAAAAAAUUAUCGUUUUUCGAUCCGUUAAACAGAAAAUUUCAGAAGGAAAAUAACCUGCGCUUUCUUGUCAAGAAACCAAGUCAUCAAAAUAUAAUUGAUAACGUGCUUCUGAUAGUUUUGAAAAAGCCAUCCACCAGUGUGAAGAAGAAAGGCAGAAAGGGGAAAUUUAAAAAAAAAACCAUUAUAAAGUUUAUGCAAAAGUGAGCCCGAAAGUAGUUUUGAGCCCGAAUCGCCAUUCCUACAAGAUAAUACAUUGCAUAUUUUGUGUGUCGAGUUAAAAGAAGAAAAUACUGUUCGAGAGCGAUAAUAAAAAAACGGAAUUUUUGCUCGAAUCACUGCACAAAGCGAAACGAGCCACUGGAAAAUUAGUGAUCGACAUCGUUCCACAUCUGUGAAAGAGGAUUUGAGUCAAACAGCGACUACUGAUUUAAGUGGCGAAGAGCACAGCGGAUACACAGAAGUGCAAAAAAGAACCCGUAGACAAACGAAACCGAUUGUACAUUCGGCGUUUAUCAAUUGCCAAGAGAAUUUCUGGAGUAGCGAGACCCUAACAAAGCUACAUAUAUCAGAAGAAGUCUACGCCGCAAAAAAACUUUACCAGAGGAGGAGCCCUACACUAGCCUCAGAAAUAUGAAUGGCUCAAGCUACGAAAUCAACACAAAUGGUGAUAUCCUAUCACAGAACCAGCAGAAGGGCUGGUGGACCAUCGGUUUAAUCAAUGGCCAAUACAAGUACAUGACGGCUGAAACUUUCGGCUACAAACUGAACGCUAACGGAGCUAGUCUAAAGAAGAAACAACUAUGGACCCUCGAACCAUCCAACACUGGAGAAAAACGCUGGCAGCCAGGUGCCAAUCCAAAAACAGACGAUAAAGGUAUUAUCUAUCUGAAGUCUCACUUGGGCCGGUACCUCUCGGUGGACUCCUUCGGCAACGUGCUCUGCGAAUCGGAGGAACGCGAUGCUGGCAGUCGGUUCCAAAUCAGCAUUGCCGACGACAACUCCGGGCGAUGGGCGCUGAAAAACGAACAACGUGGCUACUUCCUUGGAGGCACACCUGAAAAGCUAACAUGCACCGCCAAAGCCCCUGGCAGGGAGGAGUUCUGGAGUGUGCACCUUGCUGCUAGGCCGCAGGUAAAUCUGCGCGCCGUUGGACGCAAACGGUUCGCUCAUCUGUCGGAAUCGCAAGACGAAAUUCAUGUUGACGCCAACAUUCCGUGGGGCGAAGAUACGCUUUUCACACUGGAGUUCCGCACCGAUGAAGAGGGACGAUACGCACUGCACACAUGCAACAACAAGUACCUCAACUCCAACGGAAAGCUUGAAACCAAAUGCACGGACGAUUGCUUGUUCAGCGCUGAGUACCACAGUGGCCAUUUGGCUCUGCGUGACCGCCAUGGGCUGUAUUUGUCCCCGAUCGGGUCGAAGGCCGUCCUCAAGUCACGCUCGCAGACCGUCACUCGUGAUGAGCUGUUCUCGUUGGAAGAUUCACUUCCACAAGCUUCCUUUGUCGCUGCGUUGAACAACAAGUACGUUUCGGUCAAGCAAGGCGUGGAUGUCACUGCCAACCAGGACGAGAUAGGCGAUAACGAAACUUUCCAGCUGGAGUACGAUUGGUCUGCUCACCGUUGGGCUCUGAGAACCACUCAGGAUCGUUACUGGUGUCUCUCUACUGGCGGAGGUAUUCAGGCCACUGGAAACCGCCGUUCAGCCGAUGCCCUGUUCGAGUUGGUUUGGCAUGGAGAGGGUUCUGUAUCGUUCCGUGCCAACAACGGUAAACUGCUGGCUACGAAACGAUCCGGUCAUUUGUUUGCAACCGCUGAAGCGGUCGAGGACACAACCAAAUUCUACUUUUAUCUCAUUAACCGCCCCAUCCUGGUGUUGAAGUGCGAGCAAGGCUUUGUCGGUUAUCGUGCCCCGGGAAGCAAUAAGCUAGAGUGCAAUAAAGCUAUUUACGAAACUAUUCUGGUCGAACGUGCGCCUAAGGGAGUGGUCUACUUCAAAGGACAAAAUGGCAAAUACUGGAGAAUCGAUGGCGAAGGCAUCGCAGCCGACUCAGAUACUCCAGUAGAUGGAUUCUACAUUGAGCUGCGAGAACCCACGCGCAUUUGCUUGCGAUCGAAGGACGGCCGGUACCUGGGAGCGACCAAGAACGGCACAUUCAAGCUGGUCGACACUGGGUUCGAUACGGCCACACAGUGGGAAUACUAAAAAGGAAACAACAUUCAGCGGUAUCUCAUCGGUUCGGGUUCACUCGCACUCGAAAUUUUAGCAUAUUAGGUUACUCUUCGUAUAUAUCUACUACUACUGCUACUAUUAGUAAUAUUCCAUCGAAAAGAAGCAAAAUUCAUUGGAAGGAAAAUCAUGGAACGAUACACGACGCAAUCAAUCUCUCUCACUCUUUUAUACCCUUCUCUUCAAAUUUUAUUUGUAAAUUUAUUUUACUGUCUUUCGUAUUAUAAAAUGUAGAAUAUUUUAGAGCAGUCAAUACAAAACGGAAAAGAAAAAAGGAAGCGUUAGCUAGUGUUGGAGCGUAAAAAAUCUGAUAAAUCGCAUUGUUAUUUCAAACCAACCAUCUUAGUUCGAUGCAUGCGAGCGUAUAUUUAUUGCAAUAUUCAUACAUCAAAAAAGCUAAAUUAGUUGUAUUAACUAGUGAUCACUAAAACUAAAAACUAAAUAUCAUAAACAUGAGAAGAAUAAAAUAAGUGUAAAACAUAACGACAUCAUGCUUUUUCUUAAAUGAAAAAAAAAAACACAUUAUCGUCCCAAUUCAAAAGCUACGCAAUCAAUGAUUUAAUAACGAAUAAUAAGAAGCAAAAAAUGCUUAAUAUUUUGAUCAAAAGGCGCAAAAGUGAUACACUGCAAGACAUAGUUCUCUUUGUCAAACGCUUUAAAGUAAACGUCCAUCAUCAAAUUCGAACGAUUUCUCCACCCGACAAACACAAAAAAAAUACCGCGUGGCAAAUAUGUGAUUAAUGAAUCCAUCUUUAUUGCAAUGACUACAGAUAUUUAAACAUAUUAAUACUUCACCGUGGGUGCUAUCUCUCCCGCAAAGUAAAUUGAUACUUAAAACCAAUCCAACAACUGCCAAACAGUCUGAAACGUACAUUUGUAUGCAAAAAAACGAUAAAAUGCAAUCAACAGAAUCAACCGCUUACUUUUACAUGCAUGGGUCCUUGAGACUUAUUUGAUUUUGUCCAUUGAACCAAAAUUAUAACUGGGAUGCAAACCCCACAAUCAAUAAAGCGAAAUUAUUGCACCAACUUUGUAAAGUAUUUAUCAUUAGAUAUGAGUUCUCAACUGUGGAGCAACUCCGUUAGCAGUUCAUGUAAAAAAAAUACUAAUUUAUUAUGUUUAGGUUCGUCGAAAAGUGUUCUCGUGUUGUAACAGACCGUACUUCGAUGAACAACACCAUUGAGCAGAAAGACGCGAUGAAGAGAAAAGGAGCCUCUCGAUUUGGCAGACAGACAGACGGCGGAUGACGCGCAGGAAAUGAUUUUUUAUGGACCGUGCGGACACGCUAUUUUGAGUAUUUUACGAAUUUAGAGAAGAAAAAAUGAUACAAUAUACAGAAAAAUAAUGUAAACGUAUGUGUGUAAUCAAAUCGAAUUGAAGUAAAAUAUAUCAAUAAAAAUAUGA